AUGCUCACUGAUUCUCAGCCUCUCCAAGAGGAAAACUUAAAUACCCCCGAAAAGACUGGCGAAGAUAUUGUAGAAAAAGUAAAUAAUAUUACUGAGUUUGGUGAAUUUCAUAAAAACACGGACAAACUGACCCAAGCGGCACAAAAAUCACCAUUAUCGAUGUCUUCAUCGUCGCGAGCGGCAUUGAAAUGUAUCGAUACUAGUCUUACAUCUAUGCAGGCGUCAACGGAUGUCAAAACCCAAUAUACACCUGCUAAAGCAGGUCUAUUCAGAUAUAUUGAUGAUGAUAAUCGUCGCGACAGCAUCAAUAAUAACGAUGAUGAUGGGGAUGAUGAAGGCGACAAACAUUAUCACACAAAAGGCAGACAGAAAAAUUGUACUGACGGUGGGGAAGACACGAUUGAAAGUGAAUUGCGUUAUAUGAUGAAAGGUCAAAGAUACCAGAUGAAAAAUCCACAUGGGACAAAAUUAUUUCAAACACAGCCUCGUGGUAGUAGUAAUGUGAAAGGCAGAUCAUUGCACAGAACUGCUGAAGAUAAUAGAAGGUUAUAG